AUGAACUCAUCGAAGUACAUUAGUUUGAUUCGAGACACUGUUCUUGAUGAUAUGAUUACUUCUGGGGUAGACCUUAAAACCAUGGUCUUUAUGCAGGAUAAUGCCUCCUGUCAUAAGUCUAAAAAGACUUCUAGGUGGUUCGCUGACUCGAACAUUACCUUGGGCUUUCAUCCUGCACAGUCUCCAGACCUCAAUCCUAUUGAGUUUGUCUGGGGAUGGCUCAAGAAGAGGGUCAAUAAGAGGCAGGGUGAAAUCAUCAACAAAGAUGAUCUGCUCAGGGUAAUUGUGGAUGAGGCUUCUAAAGUCAAUCCUGCAACUAUCCGAAAGCAUUUCAGUGCCUUGCCUGCUCGCUUGAAGAAGAUGAAGAAGCAUGAUUUUGACACCAUUUGA